ACCUAGUUGUCAAAUAGAGUCUGGAGGAUCCAUGUUUUUUGACCUGUAACGACAACGGUGGCAGUGAAACCGUCUGGAAUUAUUUAGACCGUUGCACGGAAAUUUUAAUCCAAUUCGGAACAUCUUUCGGGUGGCCGGUCAGGCAGCCAAAGGAAAAAGGGAACGACGGCACAAAACAGCUGGUUACCGACGGAACUACGGGAAAAGAAGAAUGUUGCGUAUUGUUAGUACCGCGAUUCGGGGCAUCGCUGCAUGUACCAAUGCCAGUUUGAAAAAUCCCACACUUUUUAAACAACUUCCUGCUGCCGAAAAUGCGCAACAAAGAUACUUCGGUGCUUUAUCCUCUAUAAAUAAGUGGAACAAUGUCGCAGACAUUAAACAGAAAGCAAUACUUGGUCAAACACAUGUAGGAUGUGUUGUUCCUCCGACGUUGACACCUGUUAAAACUUCGGUAAGAACAGUCAUAAAGUUUUCUAGAAACAAAGGUAAAAGGAAAACUGUAUCCACUGUAACCGACAGAUUCUACAGAUUAAAUUGGGGUAUAUGGAUAAGAACUAUAGCUGGCCGUAACAGUGGAAAUUGGAGGAAAAGUGACAAACAAUUAAGGAGGAGACUCUCACAUGUAUUCUGUAAUGCAACUCAAUCUUACAUGUUAGAUAAGAUGGUAACGAAAUUUUGGAAAAGGCCACAUUUUUAUGUAGAUGAUCCCUAUACGCCUUAUCAUACACGCGAGGAAUUCCCCUUCACCAGAAAACGCCCACUACCGUGAACUUACUGUCAGAAUAGAAUAUGUGUAUGACCAGUUUUCUGUCAAUACUUCAAUAAAUUAAAUACUUCCCUUGAAAAUAAAACUUA